CGGAGCCUCCGCGGGAUCCGGGUGGUUGCGGGCGCGGCGGAGGCGGCGGCGGCGCCGGGGUCGGGGUCGGGGUCGCGGCCGGAGCCAGGACCAGGCCCAGUUCGGAGUCGCAGUACCCGAGGGCAGCGCCCCCCACCACCACGUCAGGUGACCCCGUCGGAAGGAGCGUCCCCGGCCCCGCAACUUCGCCUCCCGCAGAAGCGGCCCCUCCAGCCCUGUCGAUGGCGUCGGCCGGAGAACCCCCUACUGCGCCCCGCGAUGCUGCAGACCAGAACUUCGACUACAUGUUCAAGAUCCUCAUCAUCGGCAACAGCUCGGUGGGCAAGACGUCCUUCCUGUUCCGCUACGCCGACGACUCCUUCACGCCCGCCUUCGUCAGCACCGUGGGCAUCGACUUCAAGGUCAAGACCAUCUACCGCAACGAGAAGAGGAUCAAGCUGCAGAUCUGGGACACCGCGGGCCAGGAGCGCUACCGGACCAUCACCACAGCCUACUACCGUGGCGCCAUGGGCUUCCUCCUCAUGUACGACGUGGCCAACCAGGACUCCUUCACGGCCGUGCAGGACUGGGCCACCCAGAUCAAGACGUACUCAUGGGACAACGCGCAGGUGCUCCUGGUGGGAAACAAGUGUGACCUGGAGGAUGAGCGCGCGGUGCCUGCCGAGGACGGCCAGCGGCUCGCCGACGACCUGGGCUUUGAAUUCUUCGAGGCCAGCGCCAAGGAGAACAUCAACGUGAAGCAAGUCUUCGAGCGCCUGGUGGACAUCAUCUGCGAGAAGAUGAACGAGUCCCUGGAGCCCAGUGCCAUCGUGGGCAGCAACGGGAAAGGGCCCGCCCUGGGGGACACGCCGGCCCCCCAGACCGGAGGCUGCAGCUGUUAGAGGAGUGUCCCCAUCCCAGCGCCCCGCCCCCCCUCCAGCCUCCACAGGGUCUGUGGCCCGGGCUGGAGCUCCAAGGGCUGUUUCUAAGCUCAGGAUCACCCCUCACUCUACCCCCACCCCUCGCCCCGCGCACCUCCUGUCAGCAUUCAGCUGCCCAUCCCCCGCCCUAAAUUCGGUUCCUGUACUACGGGCUGCGGGGCGUGGGGUGGCGGGUAUCGCUUGCUUGGUGGGGUUCAUGGGGGGGUGGCGCAUGGCCAGUCUCAGCAUGCACGGGCAGGCAGUAGGUGGUCUAUCUUCCCUCAAGCAACACGGAGGGCUGCGGGCUGCACCCGCCCCCAUGGGCCCCUGAACCUCCUCAGACCUCAACGCCCCCAGGCUGGGACCCCGGCCUGCAGAUCCUGUGAACACAGUAUUAAAACGUUCCCUCAGCAAAGUGGGGCUGGGAGUCGGCACCUCCCCCCCGCUGCAGGGACCCUCUCCAGCCCCCCAAAGUGCCUUGUGAGCUUCCCCCGCCAACUGGCCUGACUGCGCAGGAAUUGCAUUCUGCAACUCUCCGGGGGCCAUAGCCGUGGGACAGAGCGUCACCCAAGCCUUGGGCUUCCUACUCCCCCGCACCCCGCCCCAAACGCGCAGCACAUGGAGGGGUGGGUGUCGGGGUUCCCGCAGCCAGUGAAAGCUAGCAAGGCUCCUGGAGCAUGCGCACAGGACACGCGCCCACGUGGGCAACAGGCCCCUCCCCCCGGGGACCCGGAAGCCCUGCCCACCAGGGAACCCCGAAAGUCCCAUCCUCCGUACCUAGUCCAGGCUGAGCCUUAGGGGUCAGUGUCCCCACCCCAGUGCCACGUCCAGCUCAGCUUCCGAGUGGGCAAAGCUCGGUGGGAGCACGGGCUGCAACGGAUCCCUGCUGAUGGAGGUGGGGGCGUGAAGUUGGGGUUCGCCCAAAUGCCAGGGAGCGCCUACCUGGGGUAUUCGGUGCCUCUAUCCGGAACACACUUUCCCCAGCUCAGGAGCCCCUGGUAGCCCCCUGAGUCUGAACCACGGCCUCUGGGCAUGAGCCACUCUGGCUUCCGGCCACUGCCGAUAAUUAAAGCGGCUCCGUUUCCUCCUCCCCGUCUGAGGUGGACAGUCCAGCGCGCCCUUCCCUGGCUGCCAGCUCUGGAGCGCACGGACGUCUAGAGAGAACUUACCUCUCUGAGCCAGGCUGCCCCCAAGCUAGUUCCAAUGCUCUGGUUCCCCACCCCCCCAUUAUUUAAAAUUUUAGUGGAAGAGAGGGAGUCAUUUAUCAGCCGCCGUCUUGUCAGCAUGAAUUUAAAACCGCUUACAUUAAAAAAGCCAGGCUUAAGGAUAGGAAUUGGGUGUUUCCUGGUAUACUGCACGGUUCUCUCUGAGCUUAAUGGUGUGUGCCCCGCCACCCCCAAAUAAAGAUGCAGCCGGGUUGUAUCAAGCCCGUUGAA